AUGCCGUCACAGUUUGAUCCUCACGACAUAAACCGCUCAGAGUCGGUCCAYGCGACUUGGACUUUCCUUGCUACUGUUAAUGGCAUUGCUGCCCCGCUGACAAUUUUCGUUAACGCYCUCGUCAUAUGGUCCGUGAUAGCUGAUGAAAAUCUUCGAUCUUCUUCCUUUUUGCUUGCCUUUUUAGCAGUGAGUGAUUUCCUUGUAGGAUUGUUGGUCGAYCCAUUGUAUUGCCUUCUCCUUGGAUGCGCUAUGAAUGAUUGUGCUUUGCGUAUUGACUGUACAUUCRCAGCUAACAUUUUACUCUCGAUAGUUUGUUUUAGUCUAACUAUAGUCAGCUUCACGAUGGCGAGUGUUGAACGAUAUUUUGCAAUAGAGCACCCAAACUUUUAUCUCAACAACAUAACAGUAAAAAAGGUUAUGAUAACAACGGUAAUCGUCUGGAUAUCAUGUAUUGGAUAUGUGUUUAUUGGAACCAUUUUUUUAAACAAACAAUAUCCUGGGUUAACUACAAUCCCACCAGCUUCAGCAUUUAGUAUUUUUGGCUUGGUCAUUUUGUACUGCACAACUAAAGUACACCUAACAGCUUACCGUCAAAGUAGAACAAUCGCYAUACAGCAAGAAUCAGUUCAACAGCCAGACGAACAGCAACAACAAGAACAACGACUCCAGGAAUACAAGCGAGUGUUCACGAUGACCAUGUUGGUGGCUUUGUCGAUUCUCUUUUACAUUCCUAUCAUUCUAGUCACAGUGAUAAGAUCCUUGAAGGGUAAAGAUAUGUCAAGCAAUUUUUACUACAUUGCUAUGCCUAUCUGUGCAGCAUGUGUGCAUCUCCAAUCUCUUAUCAACCCAAUUAUCAUGGCGCUGCGUCUGUCCUACAUUCGCCAAAGUAUCAAAAACAGGCUAGUUGCAAUUGGCCUUCUUGUAAUUCAGCAAGCCGAUUAA